GCGAGCGGAGAUGGCAGCGGCGGUGGCAGCGGCGGUGGCAGCGGGCAGCGGCAGCGGGCGGCCGGCCGGGCGGGUGGCUGGCCGGGCGCGGAGCCACAGUGUCACUGGUGCGGUCGUCAGGGAAGCCACGCGUCAGUGCAGCUCUGGUGUGCGUCAUCACGUGUCAGUGCGGUGUUAGUGAGGUCGUGGCGGCCGUCGCGAGAGCAGCGUCCGAGCGGAGUGCGAGCCGGAGCGGCGAAGCGGCACGAGUGUGGAGAACGAGAGUCGCGCGAACACUGUGCGAGGGAGGAGGAGGUGUAAACACUCGGGCGGUGUUGGUUGGGCGGCGGUGUUUACAUGAUGACGGUGGCGGAGGCGGAGUUGGUGCGGCGUGCGGCGGAGAAGGGCCGGAGCGCAUCAUUUUGCGCUCCCUCCCAGCCGCUGUCCGCCCUCCACUCCGCGCACUCCUCGUCAGAUAUCCACAUGGAUGCCCGAGCCCACGCGGCGGCCUUCGUCCAGGCUCAGCAGCAGGCAUCCUCCAGCCCGAGGGCGAGGCUGAAGGCGUCGCAGGCGGCGCGGCGCUCGCAGUCCUGCCGCGUGCAGGGCUCGCGGCCCCCCCGCGUGCGACGCAGGGAGUCCCCGAGGGGCUCCGAGGUCGGCGUCGAGCUCGACGAGGACGCGAACGCCUCCUUCGCGGGCGCCGACAGGACGGGCGGUGAGGCCUCCUACAACCCCUUCCUCCGCAAAGUGCCCUCCUGCGGCCGGCUGGUCACCCUCACGCCCGACGGCGGCGGCAGCGGCGAGGAUGCCGAAGACUCGCCCGUGCUACGCCGAUCAGCGUCCGCCCGCCGCCCGCGCCCGCCCACAGCCUCAUCCCCCAGCCACUCCCCCACGCCCACGCGAGUGACCCGUCCAGCACAGAAGAGCCGAUCGACGGUGAAGAGGAGCUCGGCCAACUCGGGCUCCCGGCGCGGGGGCGCGGCCGGCGCCGGCUACCUCGACGUCAAGCCCUCGGGCUCCAACGAGUGCCUCGACCCCGACGCCUACCUGCUCAGGACCUUCUCGACCACCAACAAAGGCAUCAUCAACCGCGGAGAUUCGUUCAGGCGGCGCCGUUCUCGCAGCAACAGCAUCCAGCCCCCCAUGGAAGGCCCCAUCAGCGGGACCCCCCCAGGCGUGCCCUCCUCCCUCGACCUGGCCACGCCCCCCGAAACACCUGAUCACAGUGCCAACACGCCGAACCUCCAGCAGGUUGGCACCCCCGACAGCGAGACGGGUGCCGAGUCGACUCUCUACCGCGUGGCCAUCGUCGGUGCCACAGGAGUAGGCAAGACGGCACUCAUUCAUCAGUUCCGUACGUCUGAGUGCAUCAACGCCUAUGACUGUAACCCGAGUGAGUAUGAUGCAGCCAGUCAGAUACCCUUUAUUUAA